UUAAUUUGGCCUGUUACACUAUUUAUUGCAUUACAAGUCUAUUUUUUCUGCUUUUACGGAGCAAUUUAAGACUUUAUCAACAUGUUCAUAACUCAUAACCUCAAGAAUAACAUUCCUACUCAUGCUUUUUAGUUUUUAGUUAAGAAUUAAGAAUUUCUCUUCAAUACUUUCGCUCUUCCUUAUUAGCUUCUAUGGUAAUCGCUUUUGUUGAUUAAUUUCAUUCAUUCAUUCAUUCAUUCAUAUGGUUGUUUAAUUAAUUUGGGAAAUAAUACAAUGGGAUUUCAACAACAGCAACAGCACAAAACAUCAGCAAGCUCUAUGUCCAAAUUUGUCUUCUUUUUAGUUGGUUUAUCUGUAGGAAUAACAUCCUGUUUUUACAUCCUGAGUUUUUAUUACGUUACCAACCAGAAUCAGUUACUAGCAUGCACAACAUCAUCAUCAUCAUCCUCACCUGUAAGUGUAACUCAUGUGUUGGCCUCACUGUCUACACCCUCGCCGCCUUCAUCACAACUUCCUUCGCCACCACCACCGCCACCACCUCCUCCUCCAUCCUUGCCUCCGCCAGACGAUGUGGAGUCAGGGGAGACGCUACUACAUCAUAUAGAGGAUGAUACAGAGUUGUUAUGGCGUGCAUCAUUGGUGCCUCAAAUUCCGGAGUAUCCAUUCCAACGUGUUCCAAAGAUUGCCUUCUUGUUCUUGACAAGAGGACCCCUGCCUUUAGCUCCCCUAUGGGAGAUGUUCUUUUUAGGACAUGAAGAUAAAUACUCCAUUUAUAUUCAUACUCAUCCUAAUUACACUGACCCUAUGCCCAAGGAUUCCGUCUUCCAUGGUAGAAGGAUUCCUAGCAAGACUGUGGAGUGGGCAAACAUAUCGAUGAUCGAUGCUGAAAGACGGUUACUAGCAUCAGCACUCCUAGACUACUCAAAUGAAAAAUUCAUCCUCCUCUCCGAAGCUUGCAUCCCUUUAUACAACUUCACAACAAUAUACGACUAUCUAGUCAUCAAGACCAAUCUGAGCUUUGUCGGAGUCGAGCCGGAUCCAAAGAAAGCGAGCCCUUACAGAUGGAGGGGGAAGAUGAACCCGCCCCUCCAGAAAUGGCAAUGGCAAAAGGGUGCUCAAUGGGUGGUCAUGGAUCGAGUUUUAUCUGUAGACAUCCUGUCGGACACCAAAUAUUACCCGGUGUUUCGAGAUCAUUGUAGUUGGCCUUGUCAAAAUCAAGAUGAACAUUAUGUUCAGAUAUUGGUUAUGCUUCAUCAUCCUGAACGGAACUCGAACCGUUGCUUGACUUGGACUGAAUGGAAGGGGCACAGACAUCCUACUAUGUUCGGGCCAAGGUCCAACAUAUCAGUAGAUUUGAUUCAGAGGAUGAGGUUCAGGGAUAAUUGUACUAUUGCUGGCCAAUUUACUAACAUGUGUUAUCUUUUUGCUCGCAAAUUUGCUCCUAACAGUAUUAAGCAGUUGUUGGAGAUGAGUUCCACAUUGUUUGGCUGAAUACUGAAUAUAGAUUAGGGUAGCUACUAGCUAGUAAGGGAUUUAUCUUUAUUAUUGUUUCUUACAUUGCAAAGUUUAUGUUCAUUCAUUUAGCUCAUUUGAUCAUCGAUGUAAGAGUAUAUUCAUUUAAAUUUAUAGUAGUUUUGUUAAAAAGGGACUUUGUUUCAUGAGAUAGCAAUGCUCAGUUCACUCAAAUCCUCAUAUUAAUGAAAAAUUUCGCUCAUUAUUUAUUUUUCA